UAUCGUGGUCAGCCCAUCUCUAAGCUAAUCAGCUGUUUUGUUGUGUGAAAUUAUAUUUUAUUUUACAAUUUUCACGGGAAAAUGCAGGAUUUACGGAGAGUCGACUCGCUGCGACUGCCGAAUGGCGACGGAGCCGCUGGCAACGAUGAGGUCAAGUCCCCGUUUUUGAUCGGCGUGGCCGGCGGAACGGCCAGCGGCAAGUCGACGGUCUGCAAGAAGAUCAUGGAGCAGCUGGGCCAGGCGGAAAUGGAUCACACGCAGCGCCAGGUGGUCUCCAUCAGCCAGGACAGCUUCUACCGUGAGCUCACCCCCGCCGAGAAGGCCAAGGCCCAGAAGGGCCUCUUCAACUUUGACCAUCCGGAUGCCUUCAACGAGGAACUCAUGUUCAGCACGCUGCAGAACAUCCUGAAGGGCCACAAGGUGGAGAUCCCCAGCUACGACUACCGCACCAAUUCGCUGGACUUUGAAAACGUGCUGGUUAUCUACCCAGCCGAUGUGGUCUUAUUCGAGGGCAUUCUGGUCUUUUACUUUCCCAAGAUACGCGACCUUUUCCACAUGAAGCUAUUCGUGGACACAGACUCCGAUACCAGAUUGGCCAGGAGAGUGCCACGCGAUAUCAACGAACGUGGUCGGGACUUGGACGCCGUUCUCACCCAGUAUAUGACCUUCGUAAAGCCCGCUUUCGAGGAAUUCUGCUCGCCUACGAAAAAGUUUGCUGACGUUAUCAUACCACGAGGCGCCGACAACACAGUUGCCAUUGAUCUUAUUGUACACCAUAUCGGGGAGAUUCUCGCCACCACCAACAGCGCACAGCACAGCAACACAGUCAGGGUGGCGGCGUCUAGCAUGAAGCGAGAUCACUAAACGCCAAUGUAAACUCGCUUCUGGGGCGGCCACUUCCUCGUCCUAACGCCGCGUCUUGAGCUUGUACUAAUUGCCAAAAACUAAAGUCCAAAACUUAAAAAGAAAGAUAAAGAAAACCGAGGCGGCGCAGCACACUAUGACAAAUGUCCAUUAAUGAGCGCCGACAUCGCUUCUCAUUUGGUCUCCUCAUCGUAACCGAUUAACGUAGUCCUAAGAUUAAAAAGUAUCUUUAGUAUCUACUCUUGCAUAUGUUCAACAAUACAUGGUAGUGUGUAUGUAAGCUCGUUUCUGUUCAUCAAGAUAACCCAACCUGCGAUUGCGAUCCCAGUCUAACUCUGGACAUAAGUUACCUAUAGCAAAAUGUUACAGUUUAAUGAUAUCCCUUGGUCUAACCUGGUGCCCAACCCCGAUUUGACUUCCUUUCGAGGAUUUAAGCACUCUACUCACCAAACCACACAUGUUACACAUCUAACUAUUGUAUCUAUGUUCCGAUGCCCGAUACUUUGUUAACCACUCUUAUUAAAUUCUGUUUGUGGAUGCUAAUAUAACAAGGGGCUCCUUUAUAAACUUUUAUAAGAAGCUGAAUUAUUUUUGUAUUUAAAAAUAUUUUGUAAAUAAUAGUAACUAGCAGUUGCCUACUUGAAAAUAAGUAGGACCUUAAUAGUUUUUGCGGAUUUUAUAUUACUUUUUCCUACGUAGUUGUUCAAAACUUACAUAUUGAUUAUAUUAUAAACGGACUAUAAAUAACUCAUUCCUUAAUCUCGACUAUUCAAUAAUUAUUAUUUAUUUGUUUGUAGAUGUCCUAGAAACACUAUAUAUAAUAUCAAUCUAUGUUACAAAGAAAAACAUCAUAUAAUUUAGAGCUUGCAGUUCGAUUAACUUUUAGAACUUAAAUGUAUCACUACAAUAUAUCCGAAUAAGCAAUCGAUUCAUAAGCAAUAUAGAUAUUCAUAAAAAAAAAUAGUCAAUUGAACUAUGACCAUCCUAUUUUGAUUUAAUUUUUUAAAUUUCUUGUGAGUACCGGGCAUCUAAAAAGUCGUAGCUUGCGACUUUAGUAUUAUCAAAUCGUGUCUCCUAUGAACACUUUAAUGAAGUCUCAAAUAUACAAAUGCAAGACAGAUAAUUGCCUAACAAGGCGUGAUGA